AUGAUUACACCUCUUAACGUUGCUCAAAUCACCAAUAAGCGGGAAGCCAUUUUAUUCACACGGAAUAUUUUCUUUGCUUUCAUCCAUUUUUUUUCUUCUUCCACGUCCCCAUCCAUGAGAAUCAUUUUUCUUCCUUCUUUCUUUCUUCUACCAAUUCCUCAUUCUUUAGAAUAUUUUUCUUGCUUUCAUCCAUUUUUCUUCUUCCACAAUAUUUUUCUUGCUUUCAUCCAUUUUUUCUUCUUCCACGUCCCCAUCCAUGAGAAUCAUUUUCUUCCUUCUUUCUUUCUUCUACCAAUUCCUCAUUCUUUAGAAUAUUUUUCUUGCUUUCAUCCAUUUUUUUUCUUCUUCCACGUCCCCAUCCAUGAGAAUCAUUUUCUUCCUUCUUUCUUUCUUCUACCAAUUCCUCAUUCUUUAGAAUAUUUUUCUUGCUUUCAUCCAUUUUUCUUCUUCCACGUCCCCAUCCAUGAGAAUCAUUUUCUUCCUUCUUUCUUUCUUCUACCAAUUCCUCAUUCUUUAGAAUAUUUUUCUUGCUUUCAUCCAUUUUUCUUCUUCCACGUCCCCAUCCAUGAGAAUCAUUUUCUUCCUUCUUUCUUUCUUCUACCAAUUCCUCAUUCUUUAGAAUAUUUUUCUUGCUUUCAUCCAUUUUUUUCUUCCACGUCCCCAUCCAUGAGAAUCAUUUUUCUUCCUUCUUUCUUUUCUUCUAAAUUUCAUUCUUUAGAAUAUUUUUCUUGCUUUCAUCCAUUUUUCUUCUUCCACGUCCCCAUCCAUGAGAAUCAUUUUCUAAUUUCUUUCUUCUACCAAUUCCUCAUUCUUUUAGAAUAUUUUUUGCUUUCAUCCAUUUUUCUUCUUCCAUCCCCAUCCAUGAGAAUCAUUUUCUUCCCUUCUUUCUUUCUUCUACCAAUUCUCAUUCUUUAG